UUCUUUGUGAACAAAAACUACCUACGUGUAAGGAAGUUACCCUCUCUAUAAAGCCCACAUCGCUUGAGUCCUUCCACGACUCAUAACUCAUAGCAAUAUCUAGUUUAAAAAAAAAAAAAAAAAGCAAAGAGAAUGGAGUACAAUAAGCAGAGAAGUAUGUUAAAGGUGGUGUUGUUGAUGAUGACAAUGAUGUUGGCGUCCCAAUCCGAGGCUCAGCUGAACCGUGACUUUUACAAGGAAAGCUGUCCGUCAUUGUUCCUUGUGGUGAGACGGGUCGUGAAACGGGCCGUGGCCAGAGAGCCUCGCAUGGGUGCUUCUCUCCUUCGUUUGUUCUUCCAUGAUUGUUUUGUCAAUGGGUGUGACGGAUCCUUACUGUUGGAUGACACACCAUCUUUUUUGGGAGAGAAAACCUCAGGACCCAGCAAUAACUCUGUGAGGGGGUUCGAAGUGAUCGACAAAAUCAAGUUUAAGAUUGAGAAAAUGUGCCCGGGCAUCGUCUCAUGCGCAGACAUUCUCGCCAUCACUGCUCGCGACUCCGUUCUCCUCUUAGGUGGACCGGGGUGGAGCGUGAAACUUGGAAGAAGAGACUCCACAACAGCGAACUUUGCGGCCGCUAACUCUGGGGUCAUUCCUUCUCCGAUCAGUACCCUCAGCAAUCUCAUAAACCGUUUCAAAGCCCAAGGAUUGUCCACACGUGACAUGGUCGCCCUCUCUGGUGCUCACACCUUUGGACGAGCCAAAUGUGUCACAUUCAGAAACCGUAUCUACAACGAAAGUAACAUAGACACCUCUUUCGCCAUCGCAAGACGGAAGAGCUGUCCCAGCGCCAACGGCUCCGGAGACAACAAGGAAGCCAAUCUUGACGUCCGCUCUCCUGAUAGGUUUGACCACGGGUACUACAAGCAACUUCUCAGCAACAAAGGUUUGCUUACGUCAGACCAGGUCCUCUUUAACAAUGGUCCCACCGACUCGCUCGUCAUAGCUUACAGCAACAAUCUCAACGCCUUCUACCGCGAUUUCGCAAGAGCUAUGAUUAAGAUGGGUGACAUCAGCCCCCUCACUGGAUCCAAAGGUCAGAUCCGCCACAACUGUCGCAGGCCCAAUUGAAUAUCUUUACUAUACGAAGCCGAUUGAGUCCAAUAAUCAUCUCUCGUCAACUGUAUAUUUUUUAUGUGCUAUCUUCUUCGUCAACUGUUAAAAUUAAAAUCUACAUCUUCUUUAUAUAAAAUAAAACUAUAAACAUGUACAAGGCAAUAUAGAGCAAAUAGAUAAAAGUUUGUGGCUAUGCAGUUUUCCAUUUUACGUUACUGUCUAUAUAUAUUCUCUUCUUA